AUGAGUGAACAACAACAAGAAACUACCACCAUUCCUACAACCACUAGUACAACUGAUGGUACUACUGUAGGAUCUACAACAACUACCAUUUCAUCAUCGGAGUUGGUAAAUGAACAAAAUGACAAGAAGAGAAAGAAUAAAUUUAAUAAUAAUAAUAAUAACAAUAAGAAAAAUAAGAAGCAAAAUAACAAACAACAAAAUAGUAACAAGGAAAGAGAUGAUGAAGAUGCAGAUUUUGAUGUGAGUGGAGAAGAUUUAAUGAUUGAAGAUGAAUCUACAUUGGUUCAUUCAUCAUUUCCAUUUGUUAUUUCCUUCUCUUAUAAUGGAAUUCCUUUCAAUGGAUUACAAAUUCAAAAUGGAGAAAAUUUAGUUAAACAUCCACAUUUAUUAACUAUUGAAGCAGUUUUAUUGGAUAUUCUUUAUGGUUCUAAUGGUGAAUCAGAUUUUGAACAAGAUGAAACAAUUAUUAGAUAUACUAAAUCUAAAAAUUGUAAAGAUAUUAGAUUACAAAGAGCUUGUAGAACUGAUAGAGGAGUUUCUGCUGUUAGAAAUGCAUUUGCAUGUGUAAUGACAUUACCAAAUACUCAAAAUCAUAAGGAUACAUUUAAAUUUAAUAACGAAGAACUUUGUAAAACAUUGAAUGAUAGAAUUAAUAAUCAUGUUAGAAUUAAGAAUCUCAAUUUGAUGGAUCAAAUCAAAAUUUUCAAUAUUCAAAGAGUUCCAUCAAGAUUUGUAUUACACCAUUGGUGUCAAUUUAGAAGAUAUCUCUAUGUUUUACCAUUAUCUGCUUUGGAUUUAUCAUCAAGAAAUAUUAUUACAAAAUGUAACAAUAUUUUCAAUUUAGAAACAAAUGAACAAAAAUGUCAAAAAUUGAAUGAACUACUUGGACAUUUUGAAGGAAUUCACUUAUUCCACAAUUUUACAGUAGAUGCUAAACCAGGUUCAGACAGUUCUAGAAGACAUGUUAAAACUUUGAAAAUUAUUGAACAAAACUUAGAAGGAGACUUGCCUCAUGUUGUUAUUGAAAUUAGUGGAAGAAGUUUCAUGUUACAUCAAAUUAGAAUGAUGAUUGGUACUGUUAUUGCUCUCAUGCGUGGUAUGGCACCAAAUAUGAAUACUACAGUACAAGAUAAUACUAUUGUCAAUGAUUUUUUCGAAAAUUUAUUCAAAGCACAAACAGAAGUGUUAUUACCAAUGGCUCCAAGUGAAGGAUUAUUCUUGGACAAUUUGGAUUUCCCAAAUUUCAAUGCCAAUAUUGUUAAACCACCUUUUGAACCAAUUAAAUGGACUGGAACAGCAGAUGAACAUGCAGAAAUCUUUAAAAAGGAUGUAAUUUUACCAAACAUUCUCAAAGUUUUGAAAGAAAAGAAUGUUGUCAGUAAUUGGCUCAUUGAUAUUCAUUGUAAUAAGGCAAAAUACUUUGCCAAGCUCGCUAAUAAAAAGAAAAGGUAA